AUGAACAAAACAAUUUUAUUUACAUCUCUCUCUUCGAAUAAAAGAACGGUCUAUGGAAUGCGUGGAGAUAACAAUGCAACAGUAAAAGUAAAUUCAAAAUCAAUCACACAAUAUAAAGCAUAUGUAAUUAAUGGAACAACACCCAUUCAAUCUAUAUUUACUUAUCCACAAUCAAUUAAUUCAAUAGAAAUUGCACCCAAUACGAUUGUACCAACAAUUGAUGCUUUUAAUUUAACAAAUUUAAUAUUUAAUAAUAAUAAUCCAUCUGAAAUACCUAUAUUACCAUCGACUGUAAAAUAUGUUAAUACAGAGAUUAAUUCACUAGAAGGAACAGUUCCAAUAGAUUUGCUUGUCAAUAAUCCUUUUAAUCUUAGACUUGAUCUUUCAAAUAAUAUUGGUUUAAAUGGAAAUCUUUCAAAUGAUUUUUGUUAUAUUCAAUCUCUAAAUAUAGUAAAUACAAGUAUUACAGCCAUACCAGAUUGUUUAUGGUGUUUUCAGUCUAGUGGUAUUUUCAACACUACACUAGAACAUCCAGAAACAGUUUUAUGCAAACCUCCUACAUUUGACAGUUUAAAUUUGGUUUCAUAUCAAGGUCGGUUUAUCAUAAACGGAGAUUUAUUGGGCUAUGGAGACAUUGAUCAAGGGUUAUCCGUUAUUCGCCCAAAUAAACAAUUAUAUGGACAAAUGGAUCCAAGUCAAGGAAGAAAACAAACAAAAAAAUAUUCACUUUGGCCAGAAACUUUUACCAUUGAAGAAAUAUCAUUUGUUUUGGAUAAUGCGACACUGAAUCCAUUGGACAAGGUUCACGACAAUUUAAUAACAAUUACAGCCUAUUUUAAAAUUAUCUCAAAUACCUAUUUACCAAAUAUAAGUUUUGGUAUGAACCCAUGCACGAUUCGUAGUUUUCUUAAUAAUUCGAUAUUUUGUACUGUCGAUUCAUCAACAAAUAACAAUUUACAUCCAGUUCAAAUAUUUACUCAAUUUCAAAAUAAUUCAUUGAUUGCAAAUAUUCUUCCAAAUAGUAAGAAAAAAAAGAUAGCUUAA